UUCGAGUCGUAGAUCGCUAGAGAGUACGGGGGGAACACACAAAAAUACUGGCACGCACAAGCGCUGUUCUUGCGUGCGCUGUUCGUAUAGACCCUCACGAACUACCGACAAGUCCAUCCUGCCAGCUACCUCAAUUUCGCUCAUACUGCAUGGUUCUAAGCGUGGCAGAGUAUUCGUUCUCGCCCGCGUGACGAGUGAUUGCAAAUUACGUCGCCGUCGCUGUAGUGGGCCCUGUUCUCCUUGCCCGCGAGGCACGAGUCCGCUGCGGCGUUCAUUUCGGUGCGUUGGAUAAAAGAAAAAAAAAACAGAAACAAAGCAAGUCAUCCUUACAUGCAACGGGGACUGCCCACUGCCUCUGGGCCUCCAGCUUAAAAAACGAUCGACGUGAGUGAAGACGCUGCCCGAGCAGAGGAGAAGGAAAGGAAGUACUGACGCUGUAUCUCUUCGGGGAAGAGGAAAAGGCGGGGAAGCCACCAAGAAGUUAGCAUUACGCGAAAGAGAGAGAGAGAGAGUAAGCCAAAUGGUGGUACGUGUCGCAGGGCGUAGCGACGUGAAAAAAAGAAGAAAAGUAAACUUGCCCAGAAAAAGAAAACAGACAUCUGCUAGAGAAGCGAUUCGCCUUUCACAACAAAACAAGGACACGUGCGCGCGCAAGAACACCUACCGCACACCUAGCACCGCCAGAUCAGCGCGUGACGACGUGAUGAACGCGUCAAUAUAGAGCCCUACGCCGCAGUGCUAAUGGUAAAUCUGUCACCGCAGUGGAAUUGAGUACCUUGGUGGAAAUUGCGUGGACCGUGAACAGCACAAAAAUAUAUCGGACUACCAUGGCUGCACCGAUAACGACAGUCGCGGAAGGUAUCUCCAGAAUGGAAGCAAGUUCCCGCGACAGAUCAUCAGUGCCAGGACCUGGAUCCAUUUCAACGACCCCGGGGAUGAAAAGUAACAGCAGCAGCAGCAACACUACCGACAGCGGGUCGGCGGCGGCGAUGAGCUCCCGGUCAUGGCGGCAGCUGCCUUGGAUCGUGGGCAUCAACCUGGUGGCCUUCGGUGCACACCUGUGUGCCUGCGGAUGCUUUGUCUACCUGCCGCCCAUGCUGCGGAAGGCCGGAUUUUCGGAAAAGUCCCGCGGUGUGAUCCUGGGUCUCGGUCCAUUCCUGUGCAUCGUGGGAGUUCCGCUGGUCGGGGCCUGGAGCGACCGGUGUCGCUCGCGUCUGGGACGUCGGCGCCCCUUCCUGCUAGGUCUCGGGUUGCUACUGGCUCUAGCGCUGGCGUCCAUCGCGUUCAUCGACCUCAUCUCUGCCACGACUGUCCAGGGGCCCGUGCUGGCGGCGGCCACCAUCGUCCUUGACUUCGCCACCCAGGCGCUGCUGAACCCGUCCCAGUCGCUGCUGUACGACCUAGUGGCGGAUGUGGAGUACGGAUUCUCUGUGUACUCGUUCACGCUCUCUCUUGGCGGCUUGUUCGGGUACCUGAUGAGCGCGCUGGACUGGACUGACACGGUCCUGGGGCAAGCAGGACAGGAGCGUGCCGUGUUCAUACUCAUGCUGAUUGCCCUGACCUCGUGCCUGGCGGUGACGUUUGUGCUGGCCAAGGAAAAGCCGUUGCCACCUGUCAAAGCUACAGAAGCCGUGGUGAAUGGCGACGCAGUGCGUCCGCCGCCUCCAUGCGCUCUCGUCAUCCUCGACAAGGCCCCUCAAGGAGGCGUUGCGGGCAGCUGUCUACCGGUUGUCUGCAACGGCAAUGGUGCCGCCAUUGGUGAACCGGGUACGCCGUCGCACAAUCACAGCCCACUGAACGGCGCCGGUGUGUUCAUAACCUGGCACCACGUGGGCAGCAGCAAGGCCAAGGCCACUCCGGCCACGGUUCUGCGUGCGCUAUCAUCGGCGCUGCUGGUGCUCGUGUGCGAAGCCUUCUGUCGCGUGUUCGUCGUGAUCCCGGCACGAGCCGUGUCCUAUCUCCUCCGCAUCCCGAUCAACCUGCGGCGACUCUUCCUGUUCCAGCUGCUUUCUUGGAUGGCCCUGUUUGCGCACUACAUCUACUUCACAGACUUCACGGGUGAGGUUAUAUAUCAUGGAAGACCCGAAGAGACUGCCAGUAAUGACGACCGUUCGCGCUACGACCGUGGAGUUCGAGCUGGCUCUUGGGGUCUACUAGUCAACUGCAUUGCCUCAUCCAUGUACUCGCUGACCAUCCAGUGGCGGGUGACGAGUCGCUUCGGGCAGCGCUUUGGCCUUUUGUUGGGCAUUGGCACGUUCGCCAUCGCCAUGGCCGGCCUGCUCGUCUUCACCGACUUGGUCAGCAUGCUUUCCCUGUCGGCCUUGACGGGCAUCGCAGCCGCCGCCCUCGACUCCAUUCCCUAUGCUCUUGCGUGCCUCUACUGCGAGAACAGCCAGGAGUACUUCAAGGGAUCUCGGUACACGCCGGGUGUGGGUCAGUGCCUGGCACUGCUGGCCACCGCCGAGUAUUUGUCCCAAGUGAUUCUCACGUUCCUCAUGGGCUACAUCUUCUCGGUGACGCACACCGUGGCGUCGUACGUCGCGGUUGCCUUUGUGUGUGCCCUCGCAUCGUGCUACGCGUCCAUGUUUGUCGUGUGUCCUUCGCCCAAAGACACGUCGUGACGCCACGAUCAAUGUACUGUCGCUGAAAGGAUGGAAAACUGGCCUGUCGCGCAGCCAGCGGCUCUUUCCAAUGGCAACGACAGCGGCGUCGCUCAACGAACAGCCCAGUGCGGUGACUCUGUUUGUUGACCACCAGCCGGUCUGCACCAGCAGAGGACGCAGCAAUGCACCAGGUGCGCUUUGUGGUGUUGCCGAGUGUGCGUCCCCCUAACCGUCCAGUGUCAAGAUCUUCACGACCGUCCACUCCAGCCUGCGUACUCGCUUGCGUCACGCCUUCUGAAUUCGCUAUGGUAUGCGACACUCAGAUUAGUGUAUUGACUCAACGAAGGUGCUCAGAAACCAACUACAACUUUCUCAACAAUGCUCAAUGUAAGAAGGUUAAUAUGGAUCUUGCAGCAGAAUACACAGAUUUGUGGGAGUUUUGCUGCGACCUGUGUCUCAUAGUGGUUCCUCGCACUCCGCCCACUGCCUAGGCUUUGAGUCAAAAUGGGAAGUGUAACCAGCCAAGCAUGCAGUGCUAAAUAAAGAAUGGGGAGACAUCUUGGGAAACGCUGCCUGCUGAGUUAUGUGUAAAGUUAUGUGUGUAUUGAAGCAACGCUGAAACUUUUAGUUGGUGCGAUACGAAGAUCCUGUCAGCCCCGCGGCUUUGUGAACGUCAGAUUACUGAUUCCGGUUUGUUCUUAAGCGACAAGUGCCUCAAAGUGCUCGUUUCUGGCCGCAUGAUCGUUGCUGAUUUGUUUUUCUUUUAAUAAUGUUGGUGUCGGCAGUGAACUUUGAAAAUUGUGCUUGCGAAUUUGUUGACUUUGUGGGAGUGUCCGAAAACGUCAUGAAAUCUUGCCUUGGCGAAGUGCAGAAGAUUUGCUAUGUUCUAUGCACUAAAUUUCAUAGUGAUUGCGUCGCAUAGAAAAUGAUAUAAUCAAAGUUUCUUGAAAGUCGACUCUGGUAUAACGUAGUUGUGUGAUGUAUUUACUACUCAUUUACAUUUCGUGAACCUUUUGAAACAUGUUGCCGCCAGAUAAGUAGAUACUGAACCAUGGAUUCUUUGUCCUGUGUCGGAAAUACCUAGCUGAGCGUAAGACCAAGCAGAUCGGCUGUGAACAGAGGGAGCUCUAUUUUUCUAAUACCACUACAAAUCCGUACAGUUCCGUAACUCGGUGCUCCCACAAGAAUAAGUGCUUGAAGCAUUGAACAGGCUUCAAGCAAAGAGAUGUCUGUGAUAUGCGCAGCAAGCUAGCAGCACUGCUGGCCUCUUCUGUAUAUUAUAUAUUUUGUCCGCUUUUCGUGAUUUCCGCCGAAGAGAGCCUUUUAGAACGGUGCUCAAUGUUAUUUUUAUUUAAAUGUUUUUGCAGAGAUAAUUCAUAAGUAUUUAUGCACGUGAUUUCACGUGCGCAACUGUAUUCAUGGGUAGAAUAAAAUAAAGAACACUACGCCUAUACCGGCGUAGACGACAGCAUCA